CACAAUAUUUUACAUACAGCAAGCAGGUUUUUAAAGGACCAAAGAGUCUGUCUGCUUUGUGUUUUCAUUUUUGCCAUGGAAACAUGAUCCACCACAGAAGCCCCCAGAGAGGACAGCAGUGACCGAGGCGGAGGAUCCAGAGGCAUCUCUCUGCAUGGGAGAGGUGGCUAGUCUACAAAGCCAAAGAGGAGCAAAAAGAAAGCAGAGGUGCACUGCCAUAUCUUUUUAGUUUCUUCUUCGGUUCGGCAACUCCUGUUUGAUUUGAGUCAGAAUUUGAUAAUUUAGUUGUCGAUAAUUAUUGAUAUUUUCAGUUCUGUAAAUUAGGGUCGCUAAUGUCUCCACAUGGAGCGCCCACUGAAGGAGAGGAAGGAGGACCCGGAGAGGGAGCAGUAGAAGAUGAAGAAGGUAGUGGAGGAGGAGAUUCAGGAGUGGUUGCAGAUGAAGAGCCCCCUUCUUUUCACCCAGUUAUUAACACAAUCCCAGAGAGGAACUGUGCAGUUUGUGUGCUUUCUGAUGUGUACAGUAUCUGGGCACCUAAAGGUGGGAGUCAUUUUUGUGUUAUUGUUUGCCAUCUCCAAGAGAAACAGCUGAAGGAGAGCAAGGAGCAGAAGGAGAUGCAGAGGGAGAUUGAAAAGAAAGCAGAGAAGUACAGAGAGUGGUUACAGAGGAAGAACCUGGAGAAAAUACAGAGAGAAUGUAGGUUCCUUAACAGGAGCCUUGUGGAAUUAUUCAUAUAAUUAUUCAGAACCGUUAACUGUAAGAAUGGAAAAAGAGGAAAACGAAUGAAAAUCUUGGAAAUGUUUUGUUGCUUUGCUCUCUACAUUAGCCUGCAGUUCUUAGAAGAGAUCGACAUGCUAGCCAUUUGCUAAAUAUUCCCAUUUUCUCUCUCCUCAUGCUAACUAAUCAGCAACAACACACAACUAAACCAUGUUAUUGAAGCAUACAGCAGUUUGUUACUCUGAAUACAAGUUUAUAUGAACUUGUGGAAUUGAAUUAACGCAAGGCAAAUUCCUGUAAAUGUUCAUUUGAACCAGGAUUUGAAUGUUUCUGAGAACAUAGCUUUGGUUUCCAUGGAAACGAGUAUGAGAUGUUCCGGUACUGAGGUUGGAGGGCUUGUUGUAACAGGAGGCAGCCAGUAGAGGGAGCGCAGACAGAGCAGAGGGGAAGUUUAACAAAUGGCUUUGUGCUCAGGACAAGAGUCGACCCAGUCCCAAGGCACCCGGCUGCCCACGAGCUUUGCCAUGUGUUUCUGUGGGCUGAGAUGACAACGAACCAGUGUGUGGGUAGAGAGAGGAAGAAGAGGGGGUCUCUGACUUCCAGAACAGACUCUUCAUCAUUCCAAUUAACAUCUCCCUGAGAGGUCAUUGUAUGGUUUGAGACCCUGGACCUUGCCUAGAAAACUAAAAUUCCCAAGAUGCAGCGGUGCUGGUGGCCAAGCAACUGAAAUUUGCACCUGCCAGGAAAGUUCCCCAAGACAAUCUGAGUAAAAGGGACACAGUUCAAGUAGGAAAUAUUCAUGUACUUCUUUAGCUCCGCUUGAGGAAGAGUUCUCCCUAUGUUUCUGAGUAGGAUGUGACCAAUCUCCGUCAACAGUUUCAACUGUUAUUGAUGCAUCUAACAACGUACGGAGUAGAGAACCAGUUCUGUCACUGCUGCAGGGCAUCUCAGCCUGGCCCUAGUUGAGUGGUGUCUGACUGGCCCUGUGGUGAUCCCUUACCAUGCAGUCCUCUGUGCCGGAGCAGGACGACUCCUUUGACUUCCUCUUUAAGAUUGUCCUGGUGGGAGACUCAGACGUGGGGAAGACCUGCGUGGUCCAGAGAUUUAAGUCUGGUGUCUUCAUGGAGACACAGCAGAACACUAUCGGGGUGGAUUUCACCGUCAGAACCAUGCUCAUCAAUGGCAGGAAGGUCAAGCUGCAGGUGUGGGACACAGCUGGACAGGAACGUUUCCGCUCAAUCACCCAGAGUUAUUACCGCAGCGCCCACGGCGCCAUAGUGGCCUACGAUAUCACACGCCGGCCAACCUUUGACUCUUUGACACACUGGAUCCAGGAAGUGGAACAAGAUGGGGCUGCAAGCGUUGUGCUCAUCCUCAUUGGGAACAAGUCAGACCGGCAGUCGGAGAGACAGGUGCUGUUUGAGGAUGCCUGUACCCUGGCAGAGGGGAAGGGUGCGCUGGCUGCCCUGGAGACCUCUGCGAAGGAGGCCCAGAAUGUGGAGGCAGCCUUCAUGCUCAUGGCCCAGGAGCUGAUGGUGAGAAACGGCCUCGCCCUCACAGACCAACACUCACAGGCCUCACCACACUUCUUCCCAAACGCCCAUCCAAUCCAUGGCUCCGAUCCUACAGACAGGAAGUCAUGUUGUUGAGAGAAUUGACAGGAAGCGUGGGAGAGGGUUUGUGGUGCUGAUAACUUGUCUGGAAUCAACAUUGCCUACACAGUCCCUUGACAUUUGCCCUUGUAGAUGUGAAGCCACGAAGCCCACUCGUUUUCGACUGCUUACAUCUACAGGUGCUGCCAAGAAGUGUCUUGGGAUAGGGGAUGAGUGUACUGUAUUGUACUGAUGAUGGCGACUAUCACUGCCACUGAAGUUUAGACUUUCACAAGUUUACCAGUAGGUUAAACAUGGCUGCCAGUAGUCAAACACUUAUUGUUACCAGUACUUAAUGUUAAGUAUCCCUUGCCUCCCGUGGCUUAUUGUACAUGGGGGGGAAUUAUGUAUUCACCUGUUGGAUAUGUAACAAUUAUUUACUUAAAUAGUGAGAUAUUUCUGUCCUGCUAAUGCUGAGUUUUAUGGUGUCCACUCUAGCUUCCCAGUGAUAAAACCAUCAUGGUGCCCCCCCAAUCUAUAUGGGAGGGGUGGAACCAAGCAUUCUGGGUAUUAGCUAUAUGAACUGCAUUGUCUAACGGUCUCAUUAUUACAAUAAUUAUAUUAAAUAAAGAUGAUUGUUUGAAGAAAUGA